AUGGCCUCGGAGAGAGAUAAAAUUUUGAUUGCUAGUGACAUUUGGUAUUCUGUUGAUAUCGCAUAUUAUAAGGCAACCGCUGGCUCGAAGAUGUCAUUAAUCUUAGAUGUUUCUUUGGUGAUUUGUCUAGCAAUGAAGAUUAUUCUGUUGGUGGUGUUGUGUCUAUCUAUCAAUGACGUCAUCUAUCUGACAAAAACAGACGAAAAUGUCAUAAUCAUUAACGUUGUCAUAUUAUUCUUGCUUUCCUCGUUUGUAGCCAUUUGGAAGUAUACCAAGAAAUUAAAAUUCAACAUUCAUACAAGUUUGGUAGACGAACAAGAUUUUCAUACGAAUCACAAAAGUCAAGCAUCCUUAUACCCAACUGUACAAGCUAACAAGUUAAAUACUGUUUCUAGAUUAUUUUCAUUAUACGCAAAAAGUGGAUGCAAAAGAAAUAGGGAGCACUUGCUCCUAGGGGAGGAACUAACAUCUGAUCCGAUAGGCAUAUCUGUAUAAAUAACUAUGAACGGUACAGCGCUCCUGAAGCUGCAGAAGACAUUAUAUGGUAUAAGUAUUAGUAGAUACUUUUAAUAGUUAUCUGUCAACAUUAAAUUGAAUUGUAGCUAAAUCGCUGGAAAAUCUUAGGAAUGCCUUAGAAUAUUUUUCAUCAUAUAUGCCAAAGUGAAAUGGAAUGUUUAAAUUUCUUUGUGAUAUCAUAUGGCGUUUUCUUUGGUUUAACAGAACUAAGAUGGGAUAACAUAUUUGAUGCGGAUAAUAUUUCGUUAGAUAAAAUUACGUUAGUGCGUGCAUGUGCUAUUUUGACAACAGUGCAGUUGUAUUCAAAUACUUGCAUGAUCUACUAGAAUAUUCUUGUCCUUAUUUUAUGGAAAAGCUCGAGGAUGAUUUUAUUACGAAGGAUUCUUCUCUGAAAAUCAGGAAAAAAAUAUUAUGUUAAUUGCGAGGUAUUUGUUUUUAACUUGUAAGUAACUUUUUAAAUACUGUUUCAAGUAUAAUAUAAUUAUAUGGAGAUGAAAUUCUGAAUGUUGAUUGAAAUAAAAAAUACAUUUUAUAA